AUGGUUAAUUCAUGCGUUUGUUGGGCGGAAAAACACCACAUUGGAGCUAUUUUGGUGGAGCUGCCUCCCUCACCCUGUGUUGACCGCAGACCCAAACAUGGCAUUCCGGAAGACGAGAAGCUCAAUCCCAAUCCUCACCAGGAAAACCAUCAUCAUCACGAUCAUGAUCUUAAGCCCCCAAUCCCCCCUCGUAUUUCCAGACUUCCCUCUGCCUCCGGAGCAGACAAGCUACGGUCAUCAAGUAAUGGUAAUGGUAAUAGCAAUGGCAAUGGUAAUAAUGGUGACUCCAAAAGGGAAUUGGCUGCUCUCAAGGACGGGCCUGCUGUACAAAUUGCCGCACAAACUUUCACAUUCCGUGAGCUGGCAGCCGCAACCAAAAACUUCAGGCCCCAAUCCUUUCUGGGGGAAGGUGGUUUCGGAAGGGUCUACAAGGGCCGCCUUGAAACCACGGGCCAGGCUGUGGCUGUUAAACAGUUAGACAGAAACGGUCUUCAGGGUAACCGAGAAUUCCUCGUCGAGGUUCUCAUGCUCAGUCUUCUACAUCACCCUAAUCUUGUCAAUCUCAUUGGUUACUGUGCGGAUGGGGACCAACGCCUCUUAGUUUAUGAAUUUAUGCCGUUGGGAUCAUUGGAAGACCACCUUCAUGAAGCUAUGGAAAAGGAAUGUGAUACAUAUGAUGAAGUGAUAAACAUUCUAUUGUCUGCUGGAAAUGUUUCCACUUUGCCUUAUCUUCCCCGGGAUAAGGAACCAUUGGAUUGGAACACCAGGAUGAAAAUAGCUGCGGGGGCAGCAAAAGGAUUGGAGUACCUUCACGACAAAGCAAAUCCUCCUGUCAUUUAUAGAGAUUUCAAAUCGUCUAAUAUAUUACUUGAUGAAGAUUAUCACCCAAAGCUUUCAGACUUUGGUCUUGCAAAGCUCGGUCCCGUUGGUGACAAAUCACACGUUUCCACCCGUGUCAUGGGAACUUAUGGUUACUGUGCCCCAGAAUAUGCUAUGACUGGACAGCUGACUGUGAAGUCUGAUGUAUAUAGUUUUGGGGUAGUCUUCUUGGAGCUGAUUACUGGCCGUAAAGCUAUUGACAGCACCCGACCCCAUGGAGAACAAAACCUCGUCACAUGGGGUGGUAAUGGUAAUGGUAAUGGUGAUUUUAUAUACAUGUUGGAACAGGCACGUCCAUUGUUCAAUGACCGCAGGAAGUUUCCAAAGUUAGCAGAUCCGGAGCUGCAGGGACGGUAUCCCAUGCGGGGUCUUUACCAAGCUCUAGCUGUGGCAUCAAUGUGCAUUCAAGAACAGGCGGCGGCGCGUCCUCUCAUUGGGGAUGUGGUGACAGCCCUUUCUUUUCUAGCCAACCAGGCAUAUGACCAUAGGGGAGGUGGUGAUGAUAAAAGGAACAGAGAUGAUCAAGGUGGAAGAAUAUUGAAAAAUGACCAAGGUGAAGGAUCUGGACGGAGAUGGGAUUUGGAAGGAUGUGAGAAAGAUGAGUCCCCACGUGAAACUGCAAGGAUGUUAAACAACAGGGAUCUUGAUAGAGAACGUGCGGUGGCUGAAGCCAAGAUGUGGGGAGAGAAUUGGAGAGAGAAAAGACGACAAAGUGCGCAGGGCAGUUUUGAUGGUUCUAACGCCUAG